UUUUUUCCAGCAGCUGAGUAGUGGAAAGCCUGUGAAUCCAAGCACAUCAGCGGCUACAGCUAUGGCUGAGCGCCGCGCAUUCGCCCAAAAAAUCAGCAGAACUGUAGCAGCCGAGGUGAGAAAACAGAUCGCUGGUCAGUAUGGGGGCUCCCCACAGCUCCUCAAGAACCUCAACGUGGGUGCCGCCGCCAGCAACACCGUUCCUCUCACAGAGGCGGUGGAGCCGGUGGACUUUGAGGAGUACCUCAUCACCCAUCCCCCCAUCAUCGAGUCGGGCCCCCUGAGGGACCUUAUCGAUUUCCCCCCGGAUGACAUCGAAGUGGUAUACACCCCCAGAGAGUGUCGUACUGUGGGACAGGCCGUGCCUGAGGAAGGGGACAAUGACGCCCACGUCAGAGAUUGUGUCAGGUCCUACACUGAGGACUGGGCCAUCGUCAACAGAAAAUACCAUAAACUUGGUACAGGAUUUAACCCUAACACCCUGGACAGGCAGAAGGAGAGGCAGAAAGGCCUGCCCAAACAGGUGUUUGAGGCCGAUGAGAUGCCAGACGUUAGCACUUACCAGGACGACCAGGAUGAUCUGAAGCGUAGGUCCAUGUCCAUAGAUGACACCCCGCGUGGCAGUUGGGCCUGUAGUAUCUUUGACCUGAAGAACUCUGUCCCUGACGCCGUCCUGCCCCACCUGCUUGACCGGGCCCCCAACGAGGAGAUAGACCGCCACAACGAGGAGCACCGCAAGUCCCACCGCCACCGUGAGCUCUUCGCCCUGCACCCCGCCCUCGAUGAGGAAGAACCCAUAGAGCGCCACUGUGUGCCUGACGUCCCUAAGGAACAUUUUGGCCAGAGGCUACUCGUCAAGUGCUUGUCCUUGAAGUUUGAGAUUGAAAUUGAGCCCAUAUUCGCCUGUUUGGCCUUAUAUGAUGUCAAGGAAAAGAGAAAGAUAUCGGAAAACUUCUUCUUUGACCUGAACUCAGAGCAGACUAAAGGGAUGCUGCGCCCCCACAUCCAGACAGCAGCCAUCUCUACUCUCGCCCGCUCCGCAAUUUUCUCCAUUACAUACCCCUCCCAGGAUGUCUUCCUCGUCAUACAGCUGGAGAAGGUGUUGCAGCAGGGAGACAUAGGAGAAUGUGCAGAACCGUACAUGGUCUUCAAAGAGUCUGAUGCAGCCAAAAACAAAGAAAAGUUGGACAAGUUGCGGAGCCAGUCGGAGCAAUUCUGCACACGUCUGGGUCGGUACCGGAUGCCCUUCGCCUGGACAGCCAUCCACCUGAUGAACAUCGUGAACAGCGCCGGCAGUCUGGAGAGAGACACUGAGCUGGAGAUGGGACUUCCAGAGAGGAAAGGGUCGUGGUCUGAGAGGAGGAACUCGAGUAUCGGCGGACGGCGCUCAUUAGAGAGAACCACCAGUGGAGAUGAAUCAUGUAGCCUGACCAGCUUCAGACCUGCAACCCUCACAGUCACCAAUUUCUUCAAACAGGAGGGAGACAGACUGAGUGAUGAGGACCUGUAUAAGUUCCUGGCUGACAUGAGGAGGCCGUCUUCAGUGCUGAGGAGACUGAGGCCAAUCACAGCCCAGCUGAAGAUCGACAUAUCCCCGGCCCCAGAGAACCCCCACUACUGCUUGACCCCUGACCUCCAGCAGGUCAAGCCCUACCCAGACAGCAGGGUUCGCCCCACCAGAGAGAUACUGGAGUUCCCCCCCAGGGAUGUCUACGUACCCAACACCACCUACAGGAACCUACUGUAUGUGAACCCACACAGCCUGAACUUCGCCAACCGUCAAGGCUCCGCCCGGAACAUCACAGUGAAAGUACAGUUUAUGAACGGGGAGGACCCCAACAACGCUAUGCAGGUGAUUUUUGGGAAGUCCAGCUGUGGAGACUACACCAGAGAGGCAUACACUGCCGUGGUGUAUCAUACCAGGUCCCCGGACUUCCAUGAUGAGGUGAAGAUCAAGCUGCCGGCCUCUCUGACUGACCACCACCAUGUCCUGUUCACCUUCUACCAUGUCAGCUGCCAGCAGAAACAGAACACCCCCCUGGAAACCCCUGUGGGAUACACGUGGAUCCCCAUGCUUCAGAAUGGACGCCUGCGUACAGGAAGCUUCUGUCUGCCGGUGUCUCUAGAGAAACCUCCCCAGUCCUACUCGGUUCUCUCCCCUGACGUUCCUCUACCAGGGAUGAAAUGGGUGGAUAACCACAGAGGCGUGUUCAACGUUGAAGUGACAUCCGUCUCCACCGUCCACACACAGGACCAGUACCUGGAUAAGUUCUUUGCGUUGGUGCAUGCCCUGGACGAGCACAUGUUCCCUGUGCGGAUUGGAGACGUGCGCAUCAUGGAGAAUAACCUGGAGGCGGAGCUAAAGUCCAGCAUCGCAGCACUAAACUCCUCCCAGCUGGAGCCCAUCGUCCGAUUCCUCCACCUCCUAUUGGACAAGCUGGUGGUGCUGGUGGUGCGGCCGCCCGUCAUCGCAGGACAGAUAGUGAAUCUGGGCCAGGCCUCGUUCGAGGUGAUGGCCUCCAUAGUGAAUCGGCUCCACAAGUACCUAGACACCAGUCAGGACAUGCACGGCAGAAACAGUCUGCUCUCCUCUUAUAUAUACUACGUUUUCAGACUGCCCAACAUGGACCCCAACUUCCCCUCACCAGGUCCUGGAGGGCUGGGUGGUUCAGUCCACUAUGCCACCAUGGCCAGGUCAGCCCAGCGACCAGCUAGCCUAAACCUCAACCGCUCCCGUAGCCUUAGCAACAGUAACCCGGACAUCUCCGGAACACCCACGUCCCCUGACGACGAGGUCCGCUCCAUCAUCGGCAGUAAGGGUCUAGACCGCUCCAACUCCUGGGUGCACACCAUGGGGUGUAAGAGCACCCCCUGGGGAUCCAGCCCUGUCUCUGAUACUGACACCAUGCAGGCCAUGGAGCGCUGUGGCAACCGCAUGUCUUCGCACACUGAGAGCACCAGUUUCUUGCAAACUUUAACAGGACGGUUACCCACCAAAAAGUUGUUCCAUGAGGAACUGGCACUACAGUGGGUGGUAAGCAGUGGCAGCGUCAGAGAGGGAGCUCUCCAACAGGCCUGGUUCUUCUUCGAGCUCAUGGUGAAGAGUAUCAUCCAUCACCUGUACUUCACCGACCGGCUGGAGUCGCCCAGGAAGAACCGUUUCCCCGAGCGCUUCAUGGAUGACAUCACAGCCCUGGUCAGCACCAUUGCUGGGGACAUUGUCUCACGCUUUCAGAAGGACCUGGAGCUGGUGGAGCGUCUUAACACUAGCCUGGCCUUCUUCCUGAAUGACCUGCUGUCUGUCAUGGACCGAGGCUUCGUCUUCUCCCUCAUAAAGACCUACUGGAAACAGGUCUCCACUAAGCUGUACAUGCUGCAGAACCCCACUCUGGAGUCUCUGAGGCUGGACUUACUGAGGAUCGUCUGCAGCCACGAGCACUAUGUCACCCUUAACCUGCCCUGCAGCCUGCUCACGCCUCCCGCCUCGCCAUCUCCCAGCGUGUCCUCCGCAACCUCGCAGAGCUCAGGCUUCUCCACCCAUGCGCAGGACCAGAAGAUAGCCAACAUGUUCGAGCUGUCUGUUCCCUUCAGAGAGCAGCACUACCUGGCUGGACUGGUGCUGUCUGAGCUGGCUGUCAUCCUGGACCCAGAGGCCGAAGGGAUGUUUGGCUUACAUAAGAAGGUGGUCAGUGUGGUACAUAACCUGCUGUCCAGCCAUGACUCCGACCCCCGCUACGCUGACCCCGAGGUCAAGGCCCGCGUCGCCACGCUCUACCUGCCGCUCAUCGGCAUCGUCAUGGAAACACUUCAGCUUCACGACUUCACAGAGUCCCAUAACCAGUGGGGUCGUCCCGGCGGUGCUCAGGGGGCCGCGGGUGGGGCCGGGGGGGACGAGUCUGGAGAGGACGGCAACAGCAUGAUCAGUCAGACCGUUGCCAUGGCAAUAGCAGGGACUUCCGCUCCGAUAUCUCGUCCCAGCAGCUUCCUGCUCAACCCACAGGCCAGCCGUCAGCAUGGCACUUUCUCAGCAGAGUCCAGCCGCAGCCUGUUGAUCUGUCUGUUGUGGGUUCUGAAGAAUGCUGAUGAGUGUGUCCUACAGAAGUGGUUCUCUGACCUGUCUGUCUCCCAGCUCAAUCGUCUGCUGGACAUGCUCUACCUAUGUGUCUCCUGCUUCGAGUACAAGGCCCAUGUUGUGUUCACCAUGCAGGGGAAGAAGGCCUUUGAGCGCAUGAACAGCCUAACCUUCAAGAAGUCCAAGGACAUGAAGGUCAAGCUGGAGGAGGCCAUACUGGGGAGUAUCGGGGCACGGCAGGAGAUGGUCCGUCGCAGCAGGGGACAGCUGGGUACACUAGAGAGGAGUCCAUCAGGCAGUGCCUUUGGCAGCCAGGAGAACCUACGCUGGAGGAAAGACAUGACACACUGGCGCCAGAACAGCGAGAGGAUGGACAAGAGCCACAGAUCACUCAGGUUUAGAGACAGCGUCCUACUACGCAACCCAGGGAGUCGAACCAAAACCCAAACCCAGGAGCCUUUAGUUGUUAGAACCAGAGCGGAGCUGGAGCACGAAGCACUUAUUGAUGGUAACCUGGCAACUGAGGCAAACCUGAUCAUUCUGGACACUCUGGAGAUCAUCGUUCAGACGGUGUCUGUGACAGAGUCUAAGGAGAGUAUCCUGGGUGGAGUGUUGAAGGUGCUCCUCCACAGCAUGGCCUGUAACCAGAGUGCCCUCUACCUGCAGCACUGCUUUGCUACACAGAGGGCUCUCGUCUCAAAGUUCCCCGAACUGCUGUUUGAGGAGGAAACAGAGCAGUGUGCUGACCUGUGUCUGCGUCUGCUGAGGAACUGUAGCAGCAGUAUCGGCACCAUCCGAGCCCACGCCUCCGCUUCACUCUACCUGCUCAUGAGGCAGAACUUUGAGAUCGGCAACAAUUUUGCACGUGUCAAGAUGCAGGUGACCAUGUCCCUGUCCUCCCUGGUGGGAACGUCUCAGAACUUCAACGAGGAAUUCCUCCGACGUUCCCUGAAGACCAUCCUGACCUACGGAGAGGAAGAUCUGGAACUCCGGGAGACCACCUUCCCUGAUCAGGUUCAGGACCUGGUGUUCAACCUCCACAUGAUCCUGUCUGAUACAGUCAAGAUGAAGGAGCACCAGGAGGACCCAGAGAUGCUCAUAGACCUCAUGUACAGGAUCGCUAAGGGUUACCAGACGUCUCCAGACCUGCGUCUGACGUGGCUGCAGAACAUGGCGGGUAAACACUCUGAGAGGACCAAUCACGCGGAGGCAGCCCAGUGUCUGGUGCACAGCGCCGCCCUGGUGGCAGAAUAUCUCAGCAUGCUGGAGGACCGCAAGUACCUGCCGGUCGGCUGUGUCACCUUCCAGAACAUCUCUUCCAACGUGCUUGAGGAGUCAGCAGUGUCUGAUGACGUGGUGUCUCCUGAUGAAGAGGGUAUCUGCUCUGGGAAAUACUUCACUGAGGCUGGCCUGGUGGGGCUGCUGGACCAGGCUGCUUCCUCCUUCUCCAUGGCUGGUAUGUACGAGGCGGUGAACGAGGUGUACAAGGUACUGAUCCCCAUUCACGAGGCCAGCCGGGACGCCAAGAAGCUGGCCACCAUACAUGGUAAACUACAGGAAGCCUUUGGCAAAAUCGUACACCAGGAUGGGAAGAGAAUGUUUGGUACGUACUUCAGAGUGGGAUUGUACGGUUCUAAAUUCGGGGACUUGGACGAGCAGGAGUUUGUGUACAAAGAGCCUGCCAUCACCAAGCUGGCUGAGAUCUCACACCGACUCGAGGGGUUUUAUGGCGAGCGUUAUGGAGAAGACCAGGUGGAAGUCAUUAAGGACUCCAAUCCUGUGGACAAGUGCAAACAGGACCCAAAUAAGGCUUAUGUCCAGAUCACGUACGUGGAGCCGUACUUCGACACAUACGAGAUGAAGGACCGCAUCACGUACUUUGACAAGAACUACAACCUGCGGCGGUUUGUCUACUGCACACCGUUCACGCUGGACGGGCGGGCGCACGGGGAUCUGCACGAUCAGUUCAAACGCAAAACCAUCCUGACCACAUCCCACGCCUUUCCCUACAUCAAGACCCGCAUCAACAUCAUCCACAAAGAGGAGAUCAUCUCUAUGCCCAUCGAGGUGGCCAUAGAGGAUAUGCAGAAGAAGACCGGAGAGCUGGCCUUCGCUACCCACCAGGACCCAUCGGAUGCCAAGAUGCUGCAGAUGGUGCUGCAGGGGUCAGUGGGGACUACCGUCAACCAGGGACCUCUGGAGGUGGCCCAGGUGUUCCUGUCAGAGAUCCCCAGUGAUCCUAAACUCUACAGACACCACAACAAACUACGCCUCUGCUUCAAAGACUUCACCAAGAGGUGUGAAGAUGCCCUGCGUAAAAAUAAGAGUCUGAUUGGUCCAGACCAGAAGGAGUACCAGAGGGAGUUGGAGAGGAACUACCAUCGCCUGAAGGAGGCACUACAACCACUCAUCUGCAGAAAGAUACCCCAGCUUUAUAAACCCGUGCUGCAGGUCAACUCUCACAGAGAUUCCUUCAGCAGAAUGAGUCUUCGCAAGCUUGAACUUUGAAGAUGAAGAGAAUUGAAGGAUCACAACCUUAAUUUAUUAAUGUGUAAAUACUGAUGGUCAGUGUCUUGAGAAAAGUCAGUGUUCCCCAUAGAAGGAAAGCUCAAGUGUUACUACGAAGUCGGUACAUCAUUCCAGUGUCUUAUUCGUUUACAGGCAGCCUGUUACGCAAUCAGUGGGUUUAACAAAGUGGAACUUACUAUGUACGAUGUGUCAAAUCUGUAUACAUAUUUCAUGUGUGCACCUGUUUUUCAUUACAUUUUAUGACUUGAAAGUUUAUUAUUUAAUCCAAAAUGAGAAAAAAAACAAGCAAAAUAUGUGCUACCACUCUUUAUCAUAAUGCUUUAUUUUUAGUUAAGAUACUUUUGUCUAAAGUUAAGGAAAUGUUUUAAACAUCAUGAAUUGUUUUAUGUAGUUUUUGUUUACUUUAAGUAUUUUACUAAAUCAAUAUUUUAAUGUCCAAUGGAUGCAUUGGUAUUUUCUUUGUGAUGGGAGGUUAAUGGAAUAUGGGUUUCCAUGGUUACCUAUAAACAAAUUGACUUAAUUCAAGCAUGUCCCCUGAAACUCAAAAUAAGAUCAGAGGGGCGGCGUUAGAGGGAAAACUGGGCCAAAGAUGAUGGAUAUACUGACAAGAUGCAGGUCUCUCCACCCAAUGGGAGUCGUUGUCCACAAAGUGGAAUGGUCUGUCUAGCUCCCGCCUAUCCUUUCUUUGGAUUAGUGGAUACAUCUCAUUAUUGUAAUCCGUUUAAAAAUAUAUAUAUAUUCGAUGAGGGUUGUUGACGUCAACCGCCUGUAUUCAAUGGAGAGAGAUGCUAUGCUACUAGCCUCAUGUAAUGAAUAUGCAUAGCCAUCUUGAGACCUCUCCGGUAUCAGUAGCAGUGCGUGGGUAAAAUCACUGGGGAAUCCAAGCCAUAUUACAGCCAUAUGUGUUGUGAUAAUUGCGUUGUUUGUUCUGUGACCUGUUAGUUCACAUGUCUUGCGACCGUGAUAUAUAGGCCUAAGGCCGAGACAAUAAGAAGACACAGUGGCAGAAUAAAUUCAACCACACCUUUUUCAUCAUAAAACCAGAGAGAAAUCUCUGUCUGGUGAAGUCCACAAGGCAUAUCGCAUUUAACAAACCGUUACAUGACCUACAGCAUGCAAGCAAGUUAGGGUUUCCGACUAAUAAACAACUAUUGAUUUAAAACCCCUGAGAGUUACCGCAAGUCGCAAACAGGAGCUGCCUCCACUCUUCCAGCAACAUUUCAACUUCAACAUCAAAUCACCUACGCUUUAGUCUAAUACUGUGACAACUAAAAGAUACCAAUAACAAUUUAGUCCUAUCAACGUAAGCUAAAUAUGAUGUGGUUCUGAUUUGUGUGUGUUCAAAUAGAAAAAACAUGUUGACUCACCGUACUUGUAGAAAAACGCCAAUGCCAUCCUCUCUUUCAUGUUGACGAAACGGUCUAUGACUGUCGUACAGUACACAAUUGUAUUUUUUGUUGUCCUAAGCUACCGGGCUAAAAUGUUUGCUCGCUAGCCUCUUUUCAUUUCAUGGGCAAUGAGGCCGACAACAACGAGAUGCAACAAUUCAAGUUUCUGUCAAUGACUUAUUGCUCUCGAUGUGAAGUAAAGUCAAGCUCAUGAAAAUAACAUCAAAAAGUGUCAAGUCAAGACAGUUUGGGUCUUUUUGUUUUGUUUUGGUGAGCCAGGACCAUUCACAGUUGAGCUAGCAGAUUGGCUAUUAUUGAACCUCUUGUUUUAUCAAGGGAGGCCAAAUGCAUGCUGGCUUUUCUUGAAUUCAAUGCUAUGGGGUGGCAACAUUGACAUGCUCUUUUUGACCAGACAGAAUUAGAUAGAUGGCGUCGCUCACUCGGAUGCUUUCUCUGGUAAGAUACAUUCAGCCUCGUGUGAAUUUAAAGAAAAUGACGAAACAGAGACGAAAUAUACAUUUAUUUUAGAGUGCAUUCGGUAAGUAUUCAGACCCCUUGACUUUUUCACCAUUUUGUUGCGUUACAACUUUUUCUAAAAUGGAUUAUUAGUUUUUUCAUUCCCAUAAAUCUACACACAAUACCCCUUAAUGACAAAGCAAAAACAGGUUUGCAAAUGUAUUCAAAAUAAAAAACAAUCACAUUUACAUAAGUAUUCAGACCCUUUACUCAGUACUUUAUUGAAGCACCUUUGGCAGCGAUUACAGCCUCUAGUCUUUGGUAUGACGCAACAAGCUUGGCACACCUGUAUUUGGGGAGUUUCUCCCAUUCUUCUCUGCAGAUCCUCUCAAGCUCUGUCAGUUGCUACACAGCUAUUCUCAGGUCUCUCCUGAGAUGUUCAAGGCCGCGCUCUGGCUGGGCCACUCAAGGACAUUCAGAGACUUGUCCCGAAGCCACUCCUGCGUUGUUUUGGCUGUGUGCUUAGGGUCGUUAUCCUGUUGGAAGGUGAACCUUCCCCACAGUCGGAAAUCCUGAGCGCUCUGGAGCAGGUUUUCAUCAAGACUCUCUCUAUACUUUGCGCUGUUCAUCUUUCCCUCGAUCCUGACUAGUCUCCCAGUUCCUGCUGCCAAAAAACAUCCCCACAGCAUGUUGCCACCACCAUGCUUCACCGUAGGGAUGGUAUUGGCCAGGUGAUGAGCGGUGCCUAGUUUCUUCCAGAUGUGGCACUUGGCAUUCAGCCCAAAGAGUUAAAUCUUGGUUUCAUCAGACCAGAUAAAAAAAAUGUCUCAUGGUCUGAGAGUCCUCUAGGUGCCUUUUGGCAAACUAUGCUGGCUGUCAUAUGCCUUUUACUGAGGAGUGGCUUCCGUCUGGCCACUCUAUCAUAAAGGCCUCAUUGGUGGAGGGCUGCAGAGAUGGUUGUCCUUCUGGAAGGUUCUCCCAUCUCCACAGAGGAACUCUGGAGCUCUUCCGGAGUGACCAUUUGGGUUCUUGUUCACCUCCCUGACCAAGGCCCUUCGUAGCUGGCCGCACGUCCAAACUAAGCAAACGGGGACGAGUCUUUUGGUAGUUCCAAACAUUUUUAAUUUCAGAAUGGAGGCCACUGUGUUCUUGGGGACCUUGAAUGUUGCAGACAUGUUUUUGUACCCUUCCCCAGAUCUGUAUCUCGACACAAUCCUGUCUCGGAGCUCUACGGACAAUUCCUUCAAUCUCAUGGCUUGGUUUUUGCUCUGGCAUGUACUGUCAACUGUGGGACCUUAUAUAGACAGGUAUGUGCCUUUCCAAAUCAUGUCCAAUUAAUGGAAUUUACCACAGGUGGAUGAUCAAUGGAAACAGGAUAUACUUGACCUCAAUUUCGUGUCUCAUAGCAAAGGAUCUGAAUACUUCUAUAAAAAAAAAAAGGUAUUUCAGUUUUUUAAAUUUUCAAUACAUUUGCAAAUAUUUCAAACUCUGUUUUCGCUGUGUCAUUAUGGGUAUUGUUUAUAGAUUGAUUCAAUAACCCCCCCCCCCCCCCCCCUCAAUUUUAGAAUAAGGCUGUAAAGUAACAAUGUGGAAAGGGGCAAGGGGUCUGAAUACUUUCCAAAUUCCCUGUAUGUUUUGGUACAUUUUGGGGGUUGGAAUCUUGGCUUCCCUUGGCAUCAACAAGCCACUGUCUGAACCUGUUUAUUCUCAAAGUUGCCAGGAUGUCACGUGUCCUACUUACGUUUGUAACAACUUAAGCAAUUUAAGCAUUUGUGAAACUUAUAUUUGAUCAAAUAAACCUCAUGUAGCAAAUAAGCCAUAUAAAUGUUGUUGUCCAAAUUCGACCACACUCAUUGACCUACGUACAAAGGCUCCUUGCUCGGCAGGUAAAACAACGAAAAACGCCUCGUGCUGAAGGGAGACAGAUUUUUUGCCGAGUGGGACCCCUCUUCCUCUUUUACUGGGCCCAAAAUAAGUCUGGUUGUCCCUAGUUACCACAGCCACAAAGUCAUAAACCCUGCCUAUUUCUACAAUUUAUCUUUUUAAAUUUGACCUAACCUCAACCACACUGUGCUAACCUUAUACCUAACCUUAAUUUAGGACCAAAAAGCUAAUUUUAGUUUUUGGGGUGACUUUGUGGAAACUGUUGUGCUUGUUCACACACGCGUAUCUGCCCUCUCAUUGGCUAGAAUGGCCCACCUGAUCUUUCCUCCUCCCGAAUGUUUAUUGUUAGAGAGGCCUCUAGAGUAUCUGGUCAAUGUAAUGGAUAAUCUGUGAAGAGAUGCAAUGCAACCCAUUUAUUUUUAUUUUUUUGAAUUUUUACCCCUUUUUCUCCCAAGAGACCACAGCCCGUCGUUUCAAAUUGGAACAAAUUAAUUAUACUGUGCAGAACAGGCAAGGAGGUGGGCAGAGCCAAGCAUGAGCUAGCGAGAUCUAAUUGGUGCAUUCUAACAAUUUGUAUAUUUCAGUUAAGGAACGCCUACUCUGAAGUGUGCGUGUACAAUAACUUAAUUUGCCUUUGCACUCCUCAACAAUGCCAUUUUUUAAAACUUUGGCAAAGUGUAAAGUCUACAAAACUUGAACAGAUUCUAAUUUUGGGAACAGAACUGUAUUGAGAUCAAAAGUUUAAUUGGUGAGAACAUUUGCGAAAUGUCGGCCAGAAUUCAAUCAGUUGCGAUUUUUGCAUGUCAAUCUUGGGGCAAAAAAAAGUGGGAUGCAUGCCAGCAAAGCCACUACACAUCACUAAACAAUACAUGAAUUGCACUAUAACGGUGACAAAUGGUGCCCACAAACUGUUAGGACCUACAUUAAGCUGUCCCAACAUCUUACCACUGCUACACCUGGCUAUCAUCGGAGCCUUGUCUGGCAGCGAAACAGUUCAUUCAGCCUCAUUUACUGCCUUUGGGGGAAAGAAAACUGCUGGUAUGGCUGACUUGCUUAAAUAAAUGUGGUUUCUAAUGACAAUUGAUAUGUGGCAUAAGGGGAAGACAAGCGGAUAAGAGGCAAUCCAUAAUUUCGAUUAAGACAUUAAUGAGCAAACUAGGACAGACAUAGUCAAUAUAAAUAACUUUGUUUAUCAAUUUUUAAAUGUACCACGGCAGAAUUCAGAAUAUGGGCUGUUCUUCGUGUUCUCCAGGUCAGAACUGUAGGAUAAAUAAGGGGGGCUUAUAAGCAGAUAAUGAUAGCUCUUACAAUAUUCAAUGAUUACCUUUCUCUAAAACAGGUUAUAGGCUACAUGUGCACCACCAGGUCAGAACAGUAGGUGAAAUUGAGAGGGGUAAAAUAGACCAAAUCACAUGGGCUACGAACAGCUUUCUACACAACAUAGUAUUGCUUUCUUAGCUACAGUAUGCAUACUGCAUAAUUUAUGCAGCUGCAUACAAUACGUUUUUGGACUCACCUUGUUGUGCUGUGCUCGUGUAACAGUAUAACUUUAUACCGUCCCCUCGCCCAUACCCGGGCGCGAACCAGGGACCCUCGGCACACAUCAACAACAGUCACCCACCAAGCAUCGUUACCCAUCGCCCCACAAAAGCCGCGGCACUUGCAGAGCAAGGGGAACUACUACUUCAAGGUCUCAGAGCAAGUGACGUCACCAAUUGACGUCACCAUCCGUUACACUCACUUGUGCUGUGCUCCCUGGAUUUAUGGCGCUUUCAAAACAACUGGGAACUCUGGGGGGAGACAAGGUUGAAUCAUGAUGAUGUCAUUGAUCUUCAGGUCGUAGCUCUAGAAAGAGGCAGGAUUUACAAUUCCAAGUUGGAUGACCGUUCCCAGUUGGAGCUCGUUUAUUCCCGACUUUACCAGUUGUCUGAAGUCAAGUUUUCGUCAUUCUGAGUUAAGUUGUUUUGAGCGUGGCACAUAUCAUGUUUCAUUGACUGCAUGGCCAACGUUCAAUGUUUAUAAUUUUAAACUUGGAAAAGAGACCCUUACGCCCAGAUUUGGGACCACACAACCACUCCACUGAAUAGUAGCCUAGUGAUUGCUUUGCAAUGCUUGCAGUUAGCCACUGUCACUGAUUCCUUCCAAACCACUCAUUGUUGAGUCUGUGAUUUCCAACUUGAUAUCCAAUGAUCGAUGAGCACCGAUACGUUUUCAUUUCUCUUCAUAUGACAAGGGUUAAAAAGGAUUUGGAUGGGCACUUCUAAUGUACUCUAUGGCAGCACCCGAGGGGCUAGAAUUGUCUAGCUCUACCCUUAGACUUGACGGUGACGUAGUGUCCCCGUGAGUGACAGAACACUGAGCCAAGCACGGCGCAACGCUUGUCCUACCACCACAGAAAGCACUCAGCUAGGCUGAAACACCUGCAUUUUGGAGCUGCCUUACUCCAGAAAACAAAAAAGAGACCACGUUUUUAUGCGGCUUUAUUAACACAAUUCUAUAUAUUUUUACAUUGUUUGCAAACUGAUAUGUGACACGUAUUAAUGCCGAAAGAAUAUGCAAAAGAGGCUAACUUGUAUGUAUGUGUGUAUAUAUAUGUAUGUAUGUAUGUAUGUAUGUAUGUAUGUAUGUGUGUGUUAAUUAAUUAAUUAGUGGGGCUCGAAUAACGGGUCCCCACUGCGUUCUAUGUUCUCACAUUGUGUUUCCUAAAACGCCAAGCGGAUGCUGCCCUCAUCUGUGAUGCAACAUCUCCAAUGUGCUGGUUACGUAGUUGAUCUCAAAACGUGUCAUUCAAUCAUUGGUUAAUUUGUGCAGCGUGCAGAAAAUGAAUACUUAAAAAGGUUCUACAGUUGUAGGUGUAGUAAUCUUGAUAAUCAUUUGGGAAGAACAAUCACAAUUGGAGGGAGGACUAAACCAUUUAACAGGGUAAGUAUUAUUAAAACCGCAUUUGAAGACUAUCCAUAGAACAUAUUAUGGGAAGAUGAAUGCAGUGUUGGAUGAAUAUAUCACCUCGUAAAUUUUCGUUAUGUGGAACUUUCAUACUUGACAGAUAAUCAAUGAUUUGCUCAAGUGUAUGGCAAUGUUGCCUCAUGAGGAAGAGGACCGGACAGGGUCUGAGCCACAUUCCGUUGCCAAACCUUUGUUGCAGAUAAAAACGUUGCAGAUUUAAAAAAGGGCCAUUAAUAGAUGAGUCCUUGUUUAACAUGUUUGUUCUACAUAACAUAACUGAACGUUCCAAAACGUGUCCUGUUGAACGUGCCACUGUUCUACAUUUACUUGGACCGGGGGUGGGAAAAGUACCCAAUUGUAAUAAUUGAGUGAAAGUAAAGAUAACAUAAUAGAAAAUGACUGAAGUGAAAGUCACCCAGUAAAAUACUACUGGAGUAAAAGUCGUAAGUAUUUGGUUUUAGAUAUACUUAAGUAUCAAAAGUGAAUGUAAUUGCUAAAAGUAUGUAUACCUAAGAACUUUAUACCGCUGACCUGGACGCUGUGCCCACCUGAACAUGCCCAGGCAGAGCGAAAUUGAUUUGCUGGAGGAACAAAGAUUCAAGCAACACCCAAGGUGAGGGAGGGUUGAAUGUUCUGGAUUUUAAAACCUCUAAUAUGUUUAAGAUUAAAUGGAUAAAAAACUAUUUAAGAAAUAAGGACUGCAUCUGGAAUGUCAUCCCUAAUUUAAUAUUCCAACAAAUUGGUGGUCUCGAAUUCUUACUCAUAUGUAACUUUGAUUUGGGUAAAAUCACUAUUAAGCUUGCAAACUUUCAUAAGUACUUCUAACUUGGAACCUCAUGUACAAACACAAUGUUUCCCCUCAUAGGUAUACAAUCUGGAAUAAUAAAGACAUAAGAUACAAAAACAAGUCUUUGUUUUUCCAGAACUGGUUUGACAACAACAACAUUUGGGUAAAACAAUUAUUGAAUAAUGAUGGACAACUGUAUGAUUAUCCAAAACUUAUUAGAACACACAAUGUUACAUUCACUCCUGAGGAGUAUCAACUUGUUGUUAGAGCUGUCCCUAAAGGUGUUAUUCUUCUUUUAGGAGAAUAUAACAAUACUCCAUGUGCAACUGUUGAGGAUUUUGUAGUCUCAAUACAAUUAGAAGGAAUUGACAUUUUAAACUAUAAUGUAAUAACAGGUAUAUAAGGAAACUGUCUAUGUUACUAUUCCCUCUGCUAAAAUGUACUGGAAUGCAGCCCUAGGACAAGUGAACUGGAACAAAGUUUUGUUUUUGUCUGUUAAAUAUUGUAUAUCUAAUAAGGUGAAAGAAGUAUCAUACAAACUCAUUCAUAGAAUCUACCCUGUAAAGACCUUUAUUAUACACAGAUUUAAAAUAGCUAUUGAUAACAAAUGAGUAUUUUGUGAUUGUGACCCAGAGACUCUUGACCAUUUAUUUUGGGACUGCUCUUAUGUCAGAAGAUUUUGGAGUGGGUUCGAAGAUUUUAUUUUAAAAGAAACAGCUAUUAAUUUUAAUUUGAGAGACUCUGAUGUUAUGUUUUAUUUUGAACCAAAUGAUAUGGACCCUGAUUUAACUUUCAUUGUUAAUUUGUUUAUCUUUCAUGGAAAAUUCUUUGUUCAUAAAAUGAAGUGGGCAGAGACCAAACCCCUCUUCACAUUAUUUAAGAUAGAAUUGAUAUAUUAUUUUGAAAUGAUCAGUAAAUGUAAAAAACAAAAAGGCAAUACGCACCAUAAAAGUAUUUAACAAAUAGAAAAUGAAUCUUGAUAUGUAAUACCCCUGUCUGUUAGGUUUAUGUACUUGUGUUUGGCCGAGUGUGGUUCCCAAUCAGAAGCAGCUGUCUAUCGUUGUCUCUGAUUGAGAAUCAUACUUAGGUAGCCUUUUUCCCACCUAUGUUGUGGGAUCUUGUUUUUGUACAGCUCUUGUAGCCUAAGGAACGGUACGUUCGUUUUGGUUUCACGUUAUUUUGUUGCUGGUUCUCAUUUAAAUAAAUAUGAUGACCACAAAUUA